UUCCCUCUAUGAAUAUCCCUUCGUUACAAAUUAACGAGAAUCGCAGCCUGCUGUUUUUGUUAGCAGAACGCAGUUAUUAUCUAAAUACUCUUAGUUAGGUACCUGGGUGCUUCUGACGAGAGGCAAGGUGCUGAAAGGGGUUCUGAAAAGAACAAUUCGGGGUUACACAGCUCGAAGCUUCAUACUGGCUUUCUAUUUAGGUCUGUGGUUUUGCAGUGAACCUAAAUAACACAGUGUGGCUACUGACAGAAAUCCAGUCAACGCUCUGUAUUCUAAAAAUGACCCUAUUCAUAACGACAUCUAUUUUAGUAAUAUAGACUGCAGUGACUUAUCCAUGCAUGCAUGGGUCAUCAUCGUGCUUUCAUUAUGUAACUGAAAUGUAUAUUAUUUUCAUCAUGAUCACACUGCAUUUGUACAAGAACAUUAUGUCGUUAUAUUUACAGCAACAGCUGUAAUUUAAAUCUGUUGGUGUUUGGGAAUUCCCUUACACCCCUCCGCCCUCUCAUACACAGUACCGCUGCACCGGCUGGACUGCAGUCACUGCGUGUUCACUUUAACAGGCGCUCCCGCUGUAGCUGCGCUGUUUCACGCUGCGUUAUUUUCAGUGCGGCUCCGAGUUGUACCCCAGCGGUGCAGCGGGCUAUGGGAUACGGGAUUCCCGGCGCUGGCCCUUUAAACCGGUUGGUUCGCAUCCAUCCACAUGAAUGGUGCGCUGGACACGUGAGUGAGUCUCGCUGUGGUCGCUCUCUUUACAGCCGGGGAAUUUCUAAUGUUUUCUCUGGCUGUGGUCCAACCCCUAAGUUUUUUUUUUUUUUUUUUUUUUUUUUCGUGGUACCGCCUCCUUUUAUUUUUUUCACAACCCCCCCUUACACUUUUCCACCCAUCGGGAAAAGUGCUUUUUAUAUAUACCCAUCCUCAUUCACAUGCCGUGGGCUUGUUUCAAAUCAUUUACCAACCCCAGCAAAAAAAAAAACAAACAAACAAAACCUUCUUCCCCAAACUCCUAUAAUACCGGCUGAGGUAAUAGUGAGGCGUAUAUCUUGAUAUAGGGUUGUGCAUGGUCUAUACGCGCAGUGUCACCCCGUCAUUUCAAUGUGUUCCGAUUUGCAGUGAUCCAAUCUUAAUUCAUAUUGAUCGCUGCCUGUCCAUUUACAAAAAAAAGGACCAACGUCUUUUCCAUUUUGUACAGCAGAGUACCGCAGCAGCACGUCUGUGCUCAUAGCAUUUAAAAAGAGCUGUGCAUUUCCAAACAUUUUUUUGUAGUCCUUCAUGUUUAGUUUUGCUUUGUUUUUUUAUAUAUGUUUUAAAAUUCCUGAUUCUUAAGUUACACGAGAGGAGAUCCCCCCCUCCCGUUUUCAGCACCAGGACGUCCGGCGUGGUUAGCAGAUCUUGUGUAAGUGCUGGAGGUGCUGAAGAAUCCGAUUCUACUGGAGCCACGAUGAGUACACGAGGCGAAGCAGCCGGCCAGCCCUCCUCAGCACAGGAUCAACCUGCAGCCCCGGAGCCCCAGAAGAGAGGUCGGGGCAGACCGAGGAAACAGCAGCAAGAACCAACUGGAGAGCCUGCGCCUAAACGACCAAGGGGGAGACCUAAAGGAAGCAAAAACAAGGGUCCCUCCAAAGCAGCUCAGAAGAAAGCAGAGGCCACAGGAGAAAAGAGACCCAGAGGCAGACCCAGGAAAUGGCCUCAGCAAGUGGUCCAAAAGAAGCCUGCUCAGGAAGAAGCGGAGGAGAGUUCCUCGCACGACUCUGCCGAGGAGGAUUAAGAAACCACAGCAUGUGCCUUCUACCUCAUUCAGCAGCCACGUCUUUCAAAGGGGAAAGACACGGCCUUGACCACUUAUUUUCGAUUUCUAUGGUCUUUCCACUUUUGCCUGGGGAAAAAAAAAAAUAACACAUUAAACCUCAAAAUACACACACACACACACACACACACACACUCACACAGGGCUUUUUUACUUAACCACCUUCUCUUGUCUUCAUUAUCCCUCUGCAGUCCCAAGGGUUAGUGAAAAAACUAAACAACUGCUGUAGCACAGGGAGUAAGGAUUGAAAAUGCAACCUGAUUACUGUUCCUUCUUCUUAACCUACCAGUGGAGUUCGUUUGGGCUGCUAAAUCAGGGUGAGUGGGCCAGCUUUGAAUCAGGUUUAGUCAUUCGCUAUACUGCGUAAAAACAAGGAAACUCAGAACAUAUGUGGUUAAUGAUAUGGCCAUUCAUAGGCGAAAAGCUUAAUGUAUGUCAAUGUAUAGACCUUAAAUAGCACCAGCAACCCACUGCCUAACUUAGUGACACUAGAACACCAAAGAUGAGGGGAUAGAUACACUGCUCUUUUGUUCUGGAUUUGUUUUAUUUUCUUUUUUUUUUACUUGAUAUAUUUUCACUUGCUGUAAUUUUGGAUUGAAUUUUAGGGCUGAAUUGUCACUUCAUUUUGCUAAUAAUAGAAUCUUGUAAAUAGUUCCACACAGUCCCAGGGAAAAACAGUGAGUGUUCCACACACUCUCUAACACACAGUCACACUCACACACAGUCGCACUCACACUUACACACACAAAACACGGACACACUCCAUCGACGAAUGAGCUGUCGCAAAAGUUAUCUACAAGAAAAAAAAAAAAAAAAUGACUAAGGCAGAAUCUUUCUCAGGUCAGUUAUAAGAACAGAAUAUUUGUGCUAUUUAAAAAAAAAAAAAAAACGGGGUUUGAAACCAAAAGACACCUCUGAUGUACCCUACAUACUGUAAUCACAGCGAACAAUUUGGCUCUGGAGAAAACAUCCACCUUUUCAUGGUUUCAAAGGGAAUUCCACAUCCUCGUUAUUCAGUCUCAUUUCGAAUACAUUUUACCUCAAGACAGUGACGUAUGAUUUCAGCGAUACCGCGCCAUAGGAAGACUUGCUCACGGUAAUGCGGAGUGUUUCAAUGUAACACUUUUAGUAUCCAAUGCAAUCCACUAUUUCAAACUACCUCUGAUUAUUACAGUAAUAAUUACUCGCUGCUAACACAUACAAUGCAGGAACUCAUUGUGGGCAGUUUAACCCUAAUGCCUGGAAUCAUUCUUUUUUUUACACUACAAAUGCAGCUAAGAGAACAAUAGCUGAUGCACUGUUAUAAUAGUAACACGAUGCUUUCCUCCAUUCUUCGCAGCUAGGACCUCUGAAUAAUGUAUUGUUAACUUGAAUAUAUUUUUAUACUGAUUUACUCAUGUUCUUGUUUGACACUACAUGAAAUUAUUUUCACCUGUAAUGUUUUUUUUUUAAUUUUUUUAAUUUUUUUUUUACUGUACCUCAGAAGAAUUGUUGAAAAGAAAUGGACUAAUCAGUUGACAAAGACCUACCUCCAGUCAUUAAAAAAAAAAAAAGGGGUUGUAUUUGUAUUCAGCAUUUUCUUUUUUUUCGACGAUGUUAUCGAAACAUUAUUAGGACUGCAACUGAUCCCUCAUUAAACUAUUUUUGUAACAGAAAUAUGUCUGAAACAAGUGCAUUUCAAAUCAAGUGAGAAAAAUAAAUAAAUAACUAAAACCUUCAAAGAAAACUUGAAGCUUUGUAGGUAUGGCAGCCCGGGCUUAGCUGUUGUAUAAUGCAAUCAUGAACAUGUUUUAAAUGAGUAGACACAUGCCAGAUAUGCUUGAUCAAUGAUCUCAUGUACCCAAAUGUGAUUUUGUAAUAUGGUUCAACCAGAUGUAUUUUUAAAAUGCUUCUUAUGUAGAGAUUUUAUUCCACUUUCUGCUCGUCAAUGUGGCAACUUGUAGUUAUUUUUUAACAUUGUAUUUGUUUUUUUGACUAGGCCAGGGGUAGUAUCUCAGGAGGGCUUGUUCACACAGUAGGACUUCAGCGCUUAGCCACCACACCACGAAAACCUUGUAGUGCCUGGCUUCUUUAAGAGGUGUUUAUUGAGUACCUCUUUACACAUUACUGACUUGUACAAAUCAUUGAGGUAACGAUGCUCCUGUCACAGAGCUUCAAGGCCUUGCAUUUUAUUUCAUAAAUAUACUUGAGUUCAACAAAAGCCUUUUUAAAAGUUUUUUUUUUUACCUCAUUGUUGAUUGAAUGCAAAUCUGUGGCAGCCACUGUUGGUGUUGUAGAUAAUAUAUUUACACACUUUGUGGCCGCUUUAUUAGGAACUGUACCUUGUUUUGGGGUUUGGCUAUUGUUUAUUACAGCCUUGACACAGCGUGCUGUAGACUCCACAAGGUACUGGAAGGUGUCUCAGGGGAUGUUGAUCCAUUCAGUCAAUAGUAAUAUCAAUAAGAGCAUCAUGUUCAUCCCAGACAUGCCUAAUUGGAUUGAGAACCGAGGCCCAUCGUGCCCAUGGAAGAUGCUUGACGUCUCUGUCAUGCUUCUCAAACCAUUCGCUAGAAGAUGCUUGACGUCUCUGUCAUGCUUCUCAAACCAUUCGCUGGAAGAUGCUUGACGUCUCUGUCAUGCUUCUCAAACCAUUCGCUGGAAGAUGCUUGACGUCUCUGUCAUGCGUCUCAAACCAUUCUCUGGAAGAUGUUUGAUGUCUCUGUCAUGCUUCUCAAACCAAUCGCUGGAAGAUGCGUGACGUCUCUGUCAUGCUUCUCAAACCAUUCGCAGGAAGAUGUUUGAUGUCUCUGUCAUGCUUCUCAAACCAUUUGCAGGAAAAUGCUUGACGUCUCUGUCAUGCGUCUCAAACCAUUUGCUGGAAAAUGCUUGACGUCUCUAUCAUGCUUCUCAAACCAUUCGCUGGAAGAUGCUUGAUGUCUCUGUCAUGCUUCUCAAACCAUUUGCAAACUAUCCUGGCUCAGUGAGUGGGUGCAUUAUUGUCUUGAAUGUAGCCAUCACCAUUAGGGUCCAAGUGCAGCAUUGUUGGACAAGAUCCGCAGCAAUGCUUAAUUAACUACAGCAUCUGUUCUGGAUUCCCAGAGUAAUCAGGGGACCAGGGUAUAACAGGUGGCCAUGUUCCACACCAGAGCAAUGCCAAAUCCAGUCGGGUAGAUCCUUCCUAAUAGAGUGGCCAUGCAGUGGGUAGAGAUAUUGAGGCUUUUAGCUCUGAGAGACUUACAGAUGCUAAUGAAGUUGAUCUUGUAUUUACUAUACAUGUUGUAGUACAAUCAAAAUACACAUUACUACCUCUAAGGGCCUUCUAUUACCUCAGUUUCAAUCUGAAUAUCUGCUUAAAUGCAUGUGGCCAGAGGUACAGCAAGAACAUCAUAAAAUUUUUAUAUAUAUAGUUUAUUUUUGUGGGGGAUAAAUUUUAUAAGACUGUUCUUUGCUGCCUCUUUUGCCACUGCUAGAUAAGACUGGACAUUUAUCCUUUAUUUUUAUUUUUUAUUCUACAUUUUAUGCAAUGUAGUAGUUGCAUUAGCAGGGGGAAAGUCUGAAAUGCUUAAUUGCAGUUUUUUUGCCUUUAUCCCUAUACUAUUUGAGUGUCUUCUAGCUGGCUUUUCUGUUCCAAUAGAGUUGCUGUCUUUGAUUAUACUUUGAAUGGCUUUGCUUGUUAAAACAUUUGUUUAAUGGAUUAUCACAACCUUGUUCAGAACAUUAAACUGUAUAACCUCUGUGAGCGUCUUGGUGUGUCAUUCCUAGACUGUCACUCACAGUCACUCAAUAAAAGAUGCAUGUGUGAA